GAAAGCGAGAGCGAUUCUCGUGUCCGGCUGACUGCGUCAAAACUUCGCUUAAGCUGCAAGUUACACCCGGACAAGUGCAAGCGGCGGAGUCGUGUCAUCGACGAUUCGUGGCGGCAAUACUGACGGCUCGCACAAGAAACAUGGUGUCAACACAGUAUUUCCUCUGGGUCGCACUAGUCACUUGGUUUGUCGGCACCAGCGCACAUGGGGAGGCGUCCACCCGGCCCGCAUUUUACAUUGAAGUCGGUGCAGGGCGUGUCACUGCCUCGCUACCCGAGAGAGAGCAGAACUCGUCGCGUGAACAGCUAUCGCCGCAUAACGGAGGAAGGCGACCUGUCGCAGCGGCCAUGACCGUCGGUUGCCGGAAGCGAAUCGUGUGCGAGGCAGCACGCAGCCUCACCGACAUGCUUCCCAUUUCUGGUUUCUGGAAGGAAAUUGUCAAAGGAAGGCCACACCCGAAGAACGCGUACUUCGCCGCCUGGUCCAGAGGUCUGCAGAAAAACGAGUGCGCGCAUAUGUACCCUGACUGUUCGGACAGUGCGGCCGGCAUGGUUUUGCCGCUGGUCAGCGAGGCCGUGGGACCCAAGGGAAUCGUGAGCUCAUUCAUCGAACGCCUGAACACCCCCGCUGCAUCCCACGUUCCCAGAGAGCCCGGCGCACCGCGACCUUCGCUCGUCAUGGAGAAGCUGAGAGAGUACAGACGACGCAUUGAUUCCGACAAGCCUCGCACGCCUCCAAACUAACU